CAGUUUUUCCUUCAUGUAAUGACGCAAUAAAGCGCCCUGGUCUGGAGCCCCAGGUGUCUGCUGGAUUAUUUAAAACAGUCAGAUUAUCUGUGUCUCGGGGUCAUGAGUGACAGGUGACAGACCCGGAUGUGUGUGCGCUGUGCGGGUAUAUAAAGGUAGGAGCUGAGUCCCGCGUGGCCUUUGCGUGCUGAACAUCACGGUCGGAGAGGGGUGGACGUGGACCAGGUUCGGGGUCGUUCGGAAGUCCAGCGGUUACCUUGUAGGGAUUUAAAGCGCACGAGUGUGGAUCUCAGCAUGGUGCAGCUGUCUCCCUCCCCUCCCCUGGAUGUCACCCCUCCAUGUGAGCACUCAGAGGAGGGUGAGGACGGACAGGAGGACCUAAUGAUGACCAAGGUGGGUUCGCCCUGUGGCCUGAGCACCCUGGAGGUCACCACUACCUACCAUGACUAUGAAAACUACAUCGAGGACGGCCUCAUCUGCCUCAAACACAAAGUCCGCAACCUGGAGAAAAAGAAGCUCAAACUGGAAGAAUACAAGAAGAGGCUGACCCGAGGCGACAUGCUGAACAAGGACCAAUUGGCGGCCGUGGAAAAGUACGAAGAGGUGCAACAUAACUUGGCAUUCGCACAAGAGCUGCACAAAACUUUGGACAGCCUGACGCAGACCCUGCUCAGAGCUCAGAAGAAGGCGGUGAAGAAGGAGCAGGUAGCCACAAUGGAGGCGGAGAGGAGGCGUCUGAGCACCAUGCUACAGGUCCAGCACCUCCUCCACAGCCUGCAGCAGGAACACAUCCGGAGUGACCUGCUGUCCGGACUCAACCAGGCUCCUCCUGUCUCCGCCCAGCUGCUGCACAGUCUGAGUCAGCUCGGCACCCUGCUGGGAGUGCAGAGAAACGGCAGGCUGAGUCUAGAGGAGCAGAUGGAGCAAGCAGCUCUGGCCUACGUGGAUCUGCUGGACGGGAACAACAAACCUGUGGCUGGAUCCACGUUCAAGCUGCUGAAGGAGGAGCUCACCAGACUGUUGAACUGUAAAUACUUCAGUCGUCUUCCACCACCGCCCAAGAAGCCCGCAGAGGUUCUGCCAAGCCCGGCCAAACCCGUCUCAUCAAAAUCUAUACCGAGUGAAGUUUCAAAGAAAGAGUUUUUCAACAGACUGUACCUGACUGACUCGGAGACUCCUCCUCCUCCUCCUCGCGCUCAGAACUGGAAGGAGGACUUCCAGACAAUGAGGGAGCGGGAGCCUCCGGACAGCUGGGACUCGGAGGUCGCAGACAGAGCUGAUUCGCCUCAAAAGGCGGUCCACAAACCGUGGAGAGGAGCCGCAGCCUUCAUCCCCAAAGUCCCCAGCAACUCCAAGAAGCAGUCAGCUGACUGCAAACAGAGAAAAGAGCGGAGAGUGAAAGGAGAGCAACACGCCAGGCUGGCCGUGCACAUGGACGGGCCUGUGGAUAUGCCUGUGGAGGUUUUCAACUCUCCCUCUGCCUUACCAAAAGACCCCAUCCUGAGGAAGCAGCACCUGGAAGACCUCAUGACGAAGAUCCACGGCUCCUUCAGCUUCAUGCAGGACUCUCUGCUGGAUGGUGAUGGCUCUCCUGCGAAAAGUCAUCCCAGACUGAAGAGACAGACGUCUGGAUCUCCUUCUCCUCUGGCUCAAACUGACCCGAGGAGCCCCGGUGACGUCCUUCCCAAAACUAUGCACUCCACUCCGCUUCCUGCCAGGCUCCUGGAGCGAAAAGCCAGCCUGACGAACGGCGAUUCCUGCCUGGAGACCUGUGACCUGGAGCUUUCCUCAACAUCUGACCUACCUCUUGAGCCGCUGCAGUUCACUGAGAGAAAGAAGUUUGCUUCACCGCCGCUUUACCGCCGGGAGUCCACCAUCUCUCUGGACAUGGCCAAGAUGACGGUAACGGAGUCCGGGAAGCAGUCGCCCAGCAGUGGGGUAGCAUCUUGCAGCCCCACCCCCCCUCUGGAACAGACUUUCUCCACACCUCCAACAAGACUAAUUCUGGCGUCUGCACCGUUUCAGAACAUGCCAUCGGUCUUCAAAGUGAGUUCCUCUUUGCCUCUGAAUGGCGAGUUGGACUACAAACCAGAUCCGGCAGCUUUUGUCAAGCCCAGAUUCACCACCGCCAGCACCCAAACACCACCCGAGUUUGCUCCAUCGGAAGAUGAACAACAGCCAGAUUACAGCGUGGAUGGUGGAGAACAGAUCUUCCUGUCUCCCGGUCAGUCAAGUGGCAGCGCGGGUCGAUCCGGUCAGUCUUACUACCAAAGAGGAUCUGUUAGAGGUAUGGCUCGUGGAGGGAAAGGACUGGCACAAGCUUUUCGGUCUUCUUGGUGGCAUCGAGGAGGAGCGUACAUCCCCCAGACUCAUUUCAGGGACUGUGGCCCUCUCCUCUACGCUGCUCGACAUGGUUACAGACGUGGAGGAGGGCGUCAUAACUCCAGUGCAGCCUGGAGCGACUCGUCCCAGGUGAGCAGCCCAGACCGUGAGGGAACCUUUACAAUCGUGGACUCGGGUCACGGAGAUUCCCUGUCGAUCUCCACAGUGGAAGUCCCCCUCACGCCUCACGCCCACCACCACACCGGCAUGCUCCCCAUGCAGCUCUACCCGCUCACCCAGCCUCUUCGAAUCGCCUUCAACGCCUCUCGCACUGCCAACUUUGCCCCAGGCAACCUGGACCAGCCCAUCGUGUUUGACCAGCUGCACAGCAACCUAGGCGAGAUGUACGACACGCACAUUGGGCGCUUCACCUGCCCCGUCAACGGGACCUACGUCUUCCUCUUCCACAUCCUGAAGCUCGCGAUCAACGUGCCGCUCUACAUCAACCUCAUGCGCAACGAGGAGGUGAUGGUGUCCGCUUACGCCAACGACGGAGCUCCAGAUCACGAGACGGCGAGCAACCACGCCAUCCUGCCGCUCUUCCAAGGCGACCAGGUGUGGCUCCGACUGCACCGCGGCGCCAUCUAUGGCAGCACUUGGAAAUACAGCACCUUCUCUGGCUUUAUGCUCUAUCAGGACUGAACUCCAGACUUCUGCAGGUUUUGAACUAAACUGGAUCAAACUUUAAUUUCAGUUUGUCAUCCGGCUGCAUGCCAGUUCCCCUCCACACCUGGUCGUUACGUAAGGUGUGUCUGAUGCCAAAAGAUGCACCUGAGUCCCCGUCAGUGAGAAGCUCCUGAUGUUGGCGAAUUCUCCAAACACAUUAGGCCUUCCACACAGGUCCCUGAUGUCUCUGUAUGCACUGCUAUGAAUUUGUGCCUUUUUUUUUUUUUGUUUUGACUGGCUUUGAACAACUGAUCAGAUAGAAAAGAGCUGAAUGGAUGAGAUCGAUUUAUUAUUGGCUCCUGCGAAUGGAGUUCUGUGAGUGAGAGUGAAGCUGAGGAAGGAUGGAUCGUGUCCUUGGUGGUGGGUGGGGUGUUUGAACACUUGAGGCCGUAUUGUUGCACUAACAGCCUUCUGUGGAGAGCUGUGGUCCCAUGAUGUGCCUAAAUAAAAGAUGAGCAGUGAA